AUGGGAUUCUUGUGGAAAUUCAACACAGGGACACUCGAAGUCAAUCUUAAAUGAAUGAAUGUUUUUUUUUUAUCAGCAUGCUGGAGAGGUCAAACUUAGAAGUAUAAAGUAGCGUUCUGAAGGUAGCUCCCUCGGGGCAGUCCCGUUAGAUCUCUUAUAUACUGGUUACAGACACGUUACAUAGUCAUAGUUCAUAGGGUUGGUUCCGGCAUGUGUCUGGCGCCGCCUCCUGUCUUAACUUAUAGAACAUAUUCUGGCCAUUCUGCCAGAUGGUCCUAAGGAGGGGGUCAGGCCAAAUAUGUGUUGAUCAACAGUGCCAAACUAACAACUCUGCCAUUAGACAGGCUUGAUUGUAUUUACAGCUCUGAUCUGGAUGGUGGACUAGCCCAUGUGUUGGAUAUUUGUCAAUGGCCAUUCCAGUGGAGUGGUGCUUGGGGUGGGGGAGGGGCUAAUGCCCCCCAAACCUUGAUUAUAUAAAUGUAUAGGAUGCAUAACAAAAAAUGUAUGGAUUUGGCUCCAAAUACUACAUCAUAAUGAGCAGCAGUAGUUCAGGUGUUUUGGUUUUUCCUCUGGUUAUUAUAACAAAUAACGAUUUUGCUGGUGUUGGUGUUCGCUGACUUUUUGAAAGAAGAGGAGAGGGUGGAGCUCUUCAUUCCAGCACCUGUUAAGCUCUCAUCCUAACACGUAUGAACUCAACUAAAUCGUGUGGCUGACCAAUUACGUGAGACGUAGGUUCUAGGGUUAACCAAGAUUGGCUCAGGGGUGAAAGAUGUGUUCAACUCCAAUGACUGCUCAAAGGUUCUGAACAUAAGACAAGGGGCAUAUAGAAUUGUUAUACGUUUUUACAUCUGUAAAAAAUAUACCACUUCCAUUUGAAAACUGUACAUUAGUGGAAAGUAGUGAAUGACUGCACAGUUCAAGAGAAAAGAGGUAUUAUAAGGAUGUACCAAUCAAUCAGAGACUUAGACUAAAGUAAUCAAAUGUUUGGUCUAAUGAUAUUCUAUGUACAAUUCUUCCUGUGGUCACCAGGACAGAGCUAGCCCGUCCCCCUCUAACCUGCCAGAGUCCCCGUGUCACAACUCUCCUGGUAGCGCCUUACUGCUGGAUCUGAAGAGGGUGUCUGUGCGGCUGGUCGACUGCGGGAAAACACCAUGGCAGAGUGGAACUGUGAGAGAAGGACACGAGGAGGGAGAUGGAGUUUUGAUUUCAUCAAGGGACACACACCGUUGUUCUCUCAGUGGGAGGGGCUUAUCAUCUGGGGAGCCUCAACAACAUCAUGUUGCUGACGAGACAGAGAAUAGUGUCCCCAGAUCAGAACAUCUCAAGAAACAUCAGCAGAGGCGUACAGGGAAGAAACCUCACCCCUGCUGCUCUGACUGUGGGAAGAGUUUCACAAGCCGGAGUGACUUCAUUAUUCACCAGCGGAUUCACACCGGAGAGAAACCGUACUACUGCUCACAGUGUGGGAAGAGUUUCGCUGCUUCUAACACCUUAAAAUCUCAUCUGAGAAUUCAUACAGGGGAGAAGCCUUACCCCUGCCUUGAUUGUGGGAAAAGCUUUUCAUAUUUGGGAGCCCUAAACAUACACAAGCUAACACACACUGGAGUGAAGCCUUAUAGCUGUGAUCAAUGUGGGAAGAGCUAUGCUGUAUCAGAUGCCCUAACUAUACACCAGUGCAUACACACAGGAGAGAAAUCUUAUAUCUGUGAUCAGUGUGGAGAGGGCUUCAGUCAAUCAGGGCCCCUAAAUUCACACCAGCGAACACACACAGGAGAGAAACCUUAUAGCUGUGAUCAGUGUGGGAAGAACUUUGCUCUAGCUUCCACCCUGACUAGACACCAUCGAACACACACUGGAGAGAGACCUUAUGUAUGUCUAUGUGGGAAGAGCUUUGCUCUAGCUUCCACCCUGAAUACACACCAGCUAACACACUCUGGAGAGAAGCCUUUUAGAUGUGAUCAGUGUGGGAAGAGCUUUGCUAUAGCUUCCUCCCUGACUAGACACCAUCGAACACACACUGGAGAGAAACCUUAUAGCUGUGAUCAGUGUGGGAAGAGCUUUAAUCAGUCAGGGACACUAAAUUCACAUCAGCGAACACACACUGGAGAGAAGCCUUAUAGAUGUGAUCAGUGUGGCAAGAGCUUUGCUCAAUCAGUACACCUGAAUAUACACCAGAGAAAACACACAGGAGAGAAACCUUUUAGCUGUGAUCAGUGUGGGAAGAGCUUUGCGGUGUCAGAAAAACGUACUAUACACCAGCGCAUACACACAGGAGAGAAGCCUUACAGCUGUGAUCAGUGUGGGAAGAGCUUCAGUCAAUCAGGGACCCUAAAUUCACACCAGCGAACACACACUGGAGUGAAACCCUAUGUCUGUCUAUGUGGGAAGAGCUUUGCUUAUUUAGGGCAAUUGAAAAAACACCAGAAAGCACAAACUUGCUGUAUUUCAUCUCCCUCCCUUCCGGCACCGGUUCCAGAUCCCUAAAUAAAGGAUCUGUAGAAAACAUCUAGUGAACAGUCAUAUCCAUCUCCCAUUCUUAAACAGUUGCCUCAGUCUGAUCACCAUGGUAACCUCUGGAGCAUAAUAUGCAGCUCUGAUCUAGGAUCAGGUCUCCACUGUGUCUAUGUGAUAUCACACAUUGAUCUAAAUGGACAAAUGUUAUCAUUGAUGUCAUAGUGAUCCUGUGUGAGGGGGGGUUGUUGAUAAUUGUAUCUUCUUUCAUACACUGCAUUGCAAAAGUAUUCAUCCCCCUUGGCAUUUUUCCUAUUUCGUUGCAUUACAACCUGUAAUUUAAAUGGAUUUUUAUUUGGAUUUCAUGUAA